GAUAGGGCCCAUUCCGAUAGCUGUUAUCGACUUGCUAAAAUGCUCAUCGAUUCAAAAUUCAAAAUUUGACCGUUUCUGUACUGGUUGUUCGUUAGAAAAUGCAUCGUCGUUGUAUAAUCUGUGGUCUGGAGCCGGGCGAGCACUGUGUCUACCCGCGCAACAUGUCGGAGGCUCGCCGUUGGCAGAAUCUGGCCAACCUCAGCAGUUUCGAUGUGGACACGGAAUCGCUGUGGCGACACGGAUGCGUUUGCUCCUCCCACCUGGACGCGGACCACCGAGGUUCCAGCACCGCCUCGGAGAGCUCUGCUGGUGCUGCCGAGGCGGCCAGGAAUCCUGCCGGCGUCCAGGUGUCGGGUGUCAAGUGGAGCUCUUCGGGAUCCGCAUCUAGCCGAGGUUAUACCAACUACAGCAUGGCCGUUGAGGAGAUGCCGAACCAAAGCAAACGGAGUAUUAAAUCUGAGAACCAGGAGAUCAGCAAGGGAAACAGGUUCAAAAAUGGUUGCUGCCAUUUUCGAGAUGCUUGUUCCAAUAUGUUGCCGGGUAAUCCCUAUGGCUUCACCCCAAUGGGUCAGAACUUCGCAAAUCCACAGGCUCCUCCCAAUUUAAAAACGAGGCCAAAUCAAUCUCCUCGUGGAAAUACAGGUUGCGUCUGCGCCCACUGUAAGCUAAUGAGGACCAUAGCCACCGCUGAUCCUCCCGAAAUCAAAUUCUUCCCAGAGCAAAGGAAUGACAAAACCAAAGACUCUCCGGAUUCAUCUGGAAGCCAGCAAAGUAUAAAGAAAACUCAAAAAAAGGUUUUUUCGAAGGGUGGCCCCCAAAAACCAAAGACAUGCGAUCUUACUACUUGUCCCGUCUUAAAAAAACAAAGAUUGGAGGAGUCAAAGCCCCAAGGAGAAGACUUCCGCAGUCUGGCCAGUUCUCUCAAUCAGUUGGCAUCGCAAACAUGGCGAAGUCUUCGCAACGCGAAGGUUCCAAUGAACCAACAAAACAAAAGGCAGAAGCCGGAGCCGGAACUCAAGAGCCAAUACUGUCAAACUGGCAUUAACUGUCAUUUAAAGGAUCAGGAGGUGCAAUGCUCAAAGGUGGCUCUGCAGAACCAGAGCUCCUUACCGGUUGGCCGGCCCAAGUCCGUUUCAGCUUCAUUCAGCUACCGAACAGCCAAUUCAGUCACGGGCUUUUCAGCCGGGUAUACCACUAAUUCAAGUAAUUUCACCAACGGAAGCGAUCGAAGAAAUCCAAAUGCCAUCAACGUGCUGCUUAUGAAUGGCACUAGAAAUAACGACUACGAUGAUUCUUGCUGUUGUCAGACCAAUCAUCGUCCCAUGGCUCCACCUCCGGAGAUUUGGGUGCAGGAAUCCGACUUUGCGGAAUCUAACGAACGCGCAGAAUUUCCGGAAAUCGACAAGCCCAAAUAUCGAGUUUGUCGCUCAAACAACGAGACCAAUGUUCUGGUCCUCGAAGAAGGUCCUAUGGAUGGAUGUAGCCCCAAAGACACGGGGAAUUCGGGUACAGAAGUUGCCGGGGCUCAGAGUCAGGGAGAACUUCAGCUAAAUUCCAAACAGAGUCGCAGUAAAGAGCAACAGAACGAUUUUGUCAACAACUGGCUCGAUUGCCCGGCCGCGGACAACUUCACCAAGGUCCUAGAAAUGCAGAGAGCUCGCAUCAAUGAGCUGGAGAAUCUGCUGCAGCAGCACAACCUGCUGCAGCAGACCAUCCAGCACAAGGUGGCAGAGCUGCAGUGCACAGACAAACCGAAUCCCACAGAGGGGAGCAAAAAAUAAUAUCAAACGACUAAAAACAUCCGUCGCAUAUGUACCCGAAGAAUUUUCCAUGGCUUUCCAAGGGCUAAGAGUGGUUUAUUCGCAAUUACCGCUUGAAUUCCAAUACCAAACUUUCAGUUUGAACCAUCUAAAUCAAGAGCUAAUCCUUAGGGGUCUAGGCAGCGGUCUGGAUGACAUCGGUGUAGAGCUUGACCUUAGUGGCAAUGCUCAUGUCGACGUACUUGUCGCCAAUGGAAACGAUCAGUCCACCAAUGAUGCUGGGGUCCACACGGGAGGUGAUCUUCAGGGACUCGUUGCCCUUCAGGAAGGACUAAAAGAAAGAGGUCAAUGAAUAAAAAUACGAGGGGGGCAGGCAGAAGUAGCUACCUUGAGGGCACCCUCCAGCUGCUUGCUCUGGGAGGCAUCCAGGGGCUUGGCGGUGACCACCUCGCAGACAACCUCACCGCGGUGGGCGGCCAUGAUGGUCUUGUAGGCGUUGAUCACGGUGUCCAGCUUCUUGAGACGACCGUUGUCGGCCAGCAGACCCAGCAGGUUGGCGGUGGCCGGGGCGAAGCGCAGCUUCUCGGAAGCCUCCUUCAGAGCGGUGGCCAUGACCUUCUUGUUGAUGAUCGGG